CUUCUCUCUCUCUCUUUGUACACACCUCCAAACAAAAAUCAAAUAAAAUGCCCAGCACAAGAAAUGGUGGCCCUCAAACGACGCCUUCUGGUGGAGUAGUAGGACAGCAAGAGACUCCAACAAAGGAAGACAAAGAGGGGAAGGUUGAGGAAGACGAAUCCUCGGCUUCAGAUGAAGACUCAUUUUCUUAUGAUGAAGGAGAGUCAGAGCGUAGGAAGAGUCGGUGUCUUGAUGACAUGCUUCAUCUUGAGAACCAGUUUGCAGAGCUAAAGGAACUUUUAUAUAAGGAGAGAAUGGAAGACGUAGAGCAAAAGUUAGACCAACUCUCUAAAGAUUCUGCCCCUGAGUAUGUUAAUCCAUUAAGAGAAUUGACAGAGAAUAGAGACAAACGCUUACACGUGUCAGAAUUAGUUUUAGCUCAAAAGAAGUAUGGUAGCCAGUGUAAAUAUGAGCAAGAAAUAGCUUCCGCUACACUCGACUAUGAAGAAGGAGCAAAACUAUGCAAGAUGAAGAUUAUCAGUGAGAUAGAAGAGAAUAUACAGCGUCUUAAGGAGGAAGAGGUUUUAGCAGAUAUGACAGCUGAAAGUAAUCAUCGGAAGAGAAAAUCGAAACCAUCAGAGUUCCUUUUAUUAGAGAAACGUAAAAAGCCCGUUGUUGUCACCGGUCCAUAUGUAGUGUACCUUUUACGUGACAUGGAGAUAAUGGAAGACAUCAAUGACAUAAGACGAGGCAGGGCAAUUGCUGAAGUAGCUAAGAACCAGAGACAUCAAAAAAGCUGAAAAUGUGCCAGCCUCCAACUUACUUUGUCACAUCAAUUAACGAAUUAAUAAUUUAUAACCUUUUCUCAUUCACACUAGACACAUCUCAUCAUUAAUUAAAAACUAAGCCAAUCAUGCUCAGUUAAUUGUG